AGGUAUGUAUCCAAGGCUACUACAUAAUCAUCCUGCGAAGUGUUGCGGUUUAAGAAGAGACUGCAAGAAAUUCUACUGAAAACGGAUUUUUGAGAGAAAACAAAAACAAUGCCAGGCAGUGCCUCAUCAUUCUCAGGAGGUUCCAACUCUAGUGGCUCACGCCGAGGAAAGACUCGGCAGUAUAGAACUGUCAGCCACCAGUCACAGAUUGAUGAAAGCCUCUUUGGACAACCCUCUCAGCAGAUGAAACAUGCUUUGCUCAAAGAAAAAUUCCAGGAAACACAGCAAAUGCCUGCAUGCAAUGACAAUGUUCCCAUUGAACGAUUAGCACAAGAAAGAAACAGCCGGCGCAAAAAUGGUCAAACCAAACACCAGAAGGAACUUGUGACAGUUAUAACAAAAGACCUUAUUAGAAAGUUAAUUGUUCCCUCUGAAGAUCCUUCUGGAGACUCAAUAGUCAUUCCAAGAGACCAGUUUUUUAGAAUCCUCCAAGCAUCUAGAGUCCUUACAAAAGAAGAAAGGGAGGCUGAACUGGAGAGACAAAAACAAGAGAAAGAACGUGCCAUGGAUGAGGCUCAAGAACGUAAGAAGAGGAUGAAGCAGCUUGACAUGGCCAGGCAGAAAAACGCAAAACUUAAUGAUUUAGAAGAGGAAGCCAAAGAAAAGGCUGAGCAUCUUUUGACCAGAGCCAAUGAAAUGAGGCAGGAACAGGAGGAUGAAAUUAAACAUCUUAAUGAAGUAAUUUUGAAUGCAAAAUGCCACGCAAUCAGAGAUGCUCAAAUUCUUGAGAAAGAUCUUAUAAAGAAAGAAAUGAUUGAUGAAGAAAAACGUCUUGACAUCAUGAUGGAGGUUGAUCGACAGAACGCCAUUAAAAUUGCUGAGGAAAUAGAAAAAAGGAAAAAGGAAGAACAGCUAAUUGGUGCAGCCAAACUAUUGGAACAAAUUGAUGAAAAUGAAAAAGAGAAAUUAUUUGAAUUGGAACGUAAAGAUCAAGAAAACCUGCAAAUGCAAAGAUACAUUGAAAAACUUAUGGAAGAAGACCAGGAAGCUAUUGAGAAAAGAAAAGCUGAACAAAUAUACCUGAGGGAAGAACUCAACAAGGCUAAUGAUGAGAUUUUGAAACGUAAGGAACUGAAAAAAUUACAAGAAAAGGCAGAGGAGCUUAAAGUCUUAGAAUUCCAGAAACAGAAAGCAGAACGGGAGGCAGCAUUCGAAAAGGAACAAGAAAAAAUAAGAAUAGAAAAAGAAAAGGAAGUAGCCAAACUGAGAAGUCUACAAGAAAGAGCCAAAGACGAACAGGCUGAAAGAGACGCACUGCGGGCCAAGAGGGCCCAGGAACAGGCAGAGAGGGAGUGGCGCAAAAAAGAGGCAGAACAGGCCAAGAAGAAAGCUGAGCUGGAGGAUAGUCUCAAGCAGGCAAGAUCUGUCCAGAUGGAGCAGAAGGAGCACUUCCUAGCUGUACAGGCCCAGAGGGAGAGAGCUGAGUUUGAAAGGGUUUUAAGAGCUCAGAAGGAACUGGUUGAAAAACAAAAGAAGGAAGAAGAAAUAGUCCACAAGAAGAAACUUGUACAUGCAGACGAAGUGAGGGCGCAGAUCAGGGAGAAGGAGAAGCAGAAACUCAUGGACAGGAGUGCAUUUUUCGAGGAAGGCGUUAAGCUGGAUGAGGAGGCAAGGGCAAGGAGGAUGAAGCUUGAGGCCAUCAAAAGAAAGAAACUGAAUGAGCUCAAACAAAUGGGAAUACCCGACAAAUAUUUAACUGUCGUGGAUCAGAAAGUAAAAUUUGAUCCGCCCACAGAGACAACAUAGGAGAUGCUGGAAUUCCUGAUAAAUAUCUGGCACAGAUUGAGAGAAAGGUUAAUGAGCCACAGAAUAUAAUGGUGUAACAGGGACCAUCUUAACAAUGGAAUAUUCAUUUCACUCGUUUAACAAUGAUAGCUGACAAACAGCUCAUUAAUUCAAACUUUAAAAAUAAAAUCCAUCCUACAUUGAGAGUAAAUUAAUGUUAAUGUAUAAAUUCUCUUAAAAAUUUGUAUUUCAAUAGUUUUUAGAGUAACUUAAAAUGUUUUUUGAAAAUGUUAUAAGAAUUCACAUAGCUGAUUUAUAAUUAAGAAUAUACAUUUCACUCCAAAAUACUAAUAAGUAACCUAUACAUCAAAUUAUGGAAAAUGCAUCCAUUUAGUUACUUGCAAUUCUUUCAUCAUUUUCUGAAUCUAUGCAUAGUUGAAUUAAAUUCAGCAUAUAUUUUGUCCCUAUCCUUUUUUUUUUACAUCACUAAGAAUACAAACAUGUUAUAGUCAUGAGAUCUAUUUAAACAAAUCACAACCAUGGGGAAACAAUUGUACACAAAUCUCCACUACUAAGCAAAAUUCAUUUUCUUUAGUUUAUGCACCGGAACAAAAUAAUCUAAUCAACAUUGUGUUGGCCUAUUUUAUGUUCUUUAGAUUUUGAGGUCAUUUUUUUUUUUCAAAAUGGAUGAUUGUUAAAUAUGUUAUUACUACUACAAAUAAAUAUUAGAAACAAAUAUUAUAAGCAUAUAAUGUUUAAAAUGUGCAUUGUUGAAAGCAGUGUGAUAUACUCAAUUUUAUUAAAAACAUUAAUCCUGUGUGAAUUUGAAAUCUACACUACUUUCCCCCAUUAAUAAUUUUGGUGACUUUAAGCAAAAUCAAAUGUAUGUACAUUUCAGAAACAACAGUUAUAGAAUAUCAUUAAAUCUAAACACUAAUAAUCUAUUUAUUGGUGGUUUGAUAUUUCGAGUAUUUUAUAAAAUUAAAUUAAAGCUGGUAGUAUAUAUACAUGUUUUUAAUAUUAUUUUGUUCUCUUUGAAACUAUUGUUCUUAGUGUUCUAGUGGAAACUCUUCUGUCCUUUUUAUUUUACUGUUUGUUUCGUUUCAUUACCAGAACCCUGACACUUUUUAAAAUAGAAAACUAGAGCAUAAGAGAUGCAAGCCACCUGUGAUAUAUGUAUAUUUGAUGAUAACUGUUUUCUAAGCAUUAUUUCUUUAUAUUUGUGUUGGGGAAUAACACAUAGCAUCAGUAUUGUUUCAACAAUUUAAAUAAACUUCAAGAUUUAAUUAGCUACUUUAGGAACUAUAGUAAUAUGAUUUUUGUGUUAUUAUUUAAGUUUAAAAAACCUACAAUUAAACUUUUUUUUUAGUUUGAUAAGCUUUUAAUUUAAAAGAUUCUAUCAGGUUUUGUAAUUAUAUCAACCUGUUUAUACUGUAUAAAUGUCAUCUAAUGUAAAGAAAUAUGACAUUAAAUUAUGGUAUAUUUUGAAAAUUUUAUUGCAUUAUUCUAUUUUUAUUUCUUUUUGAUAAUUAUAUAAGAACUUAUGGACAGAUUUUUUAAAAAUAUUAUACAACUGGCAGGAAACAUUUGAAAAGUAAAACAGGAAAAUAGAUUGCCUUUUAUAUACAUUUUUACUAUGAAUGUUUGAAUAAACAUUGUCUAUGAAUUUUGUAUCAA